AUGCCUGAGAGGGAUACUAUUUCAUGGAACUCAAUGAUCACAAACUAUUCUCAAAAAUGGCAAUCCCUUGGAGGCAAUGGAUCUUUUUCGUCAAAUGGGGAUAGUAGGAAACUAGGAAUGAAGUUUGAUUGCAUGAGCAUAUCUCAAGCCCUGUCUGCUUGUGCAAAGUUACCUGCACUUCACUAUGGGAAAGAGAUCCAUGGUUUCAUGAUCAAAGCUGCAUUCAGCUCAAAUGUUUUCGCUGAGAGUGCACUCAUAGACAUGUAUGCGAAAUGUGGACACUUGAAUCUCGCACAUCGUGUAUUUAACAUGAUGACAUUAGAAAAUGAAGUUUCAUGGAAUAGCAUCAUUGGUGCUUAUGGGUUUCAUGGUCAUCUCAAGGAAUCCCUUUCUCUAUACGAUGAAAUGUUGGAAAAUGGAAUUCAGCCUGAUCAUGUUACCUUCCUUGGUAUAAUAUCUGCUUGUGGGCAUGCUGGCCUAGUUGAUGACAGCAUUUACUACUUCCGUUGCAUGACUGAGGAGUAUGGUAUCCAAGCUCGGAUGGAGCAUUACGCUUGUGUGGUAGAUUUAUAUGGUUGUGCUGGUCGUUUGACUGAAUCCUUUGAAACCAUAAAGAGUAUGCCGUUCUUGCCUGACACAGGUGUUUGGGGGACAUUGUUAGGAGCUUGUCGAGUCCAUGGCAAUGUUGAGUUUGCUGAAGUGGCUUCAAGACAUCUGUUUGCCUUGGAUCCUCAAAACUCUGGCUACUACAUACUGCUCUCAAAUAUACUUGCUGAUAUGGGACAGUGGGGUGGUGUACUUAAGAUACGAAGCAUGAUGAAAGAAAGAGGAGUUCAAAAAGUUCCGGGAUACAGCUGGAUUGAGGUCAAUAAUAUCACACAUAUGUUUGUGUCGGCAGACGGGAGUCGCCCACACUCUGCUCAGGUUUAUUUAAUGCUGAAAAGUCUUCCUCUGGAGCUGAGAAGAGAGGGUUAUGUUCCUCAACCCUAAGUUGCAGUAAACCCACAAAACUCAGUGACAUGAUGACCAAUAAAUCUUUUCUUCUUCUUCUUUUUUCUGAUUUUUAUAUAUAUCUAAUUAAUGGCCACUUGGAUUUUCGCAUUGAAUUUGUUCAUAUGAAACUGUUGAUGGUAAAGUAUCUGAACUUAUAAAACUUUGAAUCAAAUUCAAUUUUAUGCCCCUUUUGUUCCAUGUUUGUUUUUAUUUUUUCAGUUGGUGUUGAUAGAUUCAGGAAUCUAAUAUAUUAUUCAGUAAUAGAGAUAUCCUACCUUUUUUUUUUCUU